AUGAGGAAGGAGAUCAUCAAAAGGUGCAAAGAUACCUCACCUGGCUCCUGUGGCAUACGCUGGGAACACCUUCUACAUUCUCCCGAUUGGGUUCUCUCGGAGAUCGCAAGGCUCUACCAGAUAUCCUUGGACAUGGCAUCCAUUCCUGGGCACUGGCUGCACUCUACGGUCGUCUACAUCCCGAAAGCUACCGGUCACGGGACGGUCAAAGGCGUUCGCCCCAUUACGCUCUCCUGCACGCUGUGCAAGCUGCAAGAAGCACUGCUGGUCCGACGUCUCGGUGCUAUCACCGAGGUCAUCGCCCAUCGCGGAGAACAUUUCGCUUAUCUACCGAGGCGGUCUGCCACCUCCCUCGUCGACGAGGUACUACGGUAUGUACAACAAGGACCUAGUGGCCAUUUUGUUAAAAGGAAGCCCCCUUGGGCCAUUGCGGCCCUCGACCUCUCCAAUGCUUUCGGUUCGGUCCCUCAUGAUCAGUUGCUUCGUGCUCUGGCGCUCCUGAAGGUCCCCGCCAAGGAGACGGAAUGGGUAAAGGCCUGGCUCGGCCCAAGGCUCAACUCUAACCACCAUCUCGGGGUCCAUACGACGCGGAAAGCGAGAGACGGGGUUGGGCUAGCCCAGGGGAGCGUGCUCUCCCCUCUGCUAUUCGUCUACUUCAUGGAUCUCGUGACACAUACCAUCUCGGCGAACUUACCAGCUCACCCUUUCCAAGUACGCUUCUUCUGUUACGCAGACGAUUGCUACAUAGCCUUCAAGUUUGGUCACCGCAGUAGUCUAUCCUCGAGAGAUGAAGGAAUCCGCCACAUGAUUGACGAAUUGGUACCCACCUUGGCCAACUUCAACCUCACCCUAUCCACGGAGAAGACCGAGAUCCUUACUAGCUAUGGCUCCGCGAUCUAUGCUCGCAGGUCCAUCAAGAUACUGGGCAUUACCGUCACUAGCAGACUCAACUUCGCAUAUCACCUCAAGGCAAGAUUGGCCAAGUGCCACAACGUGACUAUGAAGGCCAUGCGCUAUGCCAGGAAAGCUUUCGGGAUCUCCCCUAGUGGCAUUAUACAUCUAGCUAAAGCUGUAUGGGUACCGACUCUCAGCUAUGGCCUGGAAAUCUGGGGUGUCUCGCUAAUCGGUAAGAAUACGUGUGACCUCAUCGGCUCCGCCUUCAGGAGGAUCAUCAAGCUGGCCUACAGACUCCCGCCCUCCACCCCAAAUGCCUUUGUUGACAUCAUGAGCGGUGCCCCCCG